AUGGGAUUCAAUAAUUUUCAACAUUGCCCUAUUCCUUGUAAGAAAAUAAUUCAAAAAUUAAAAAUAAAAUAUUUGAAAGGCGAAUCUGUUGAUUACACUGCUUGGCAAGAUAUGAAUGAAUUACCUAGUAAUAUUUUUCCAAAAUUGAUAUCCGAUUGGAAUGUUGAUGAAGAUGAAGAGGAUAAUGAAAAUGAAGAAGAAUCUAUAGAGACAACAACAAAUAAUAAUAGAAAUUUAUUUCAAAACAAAGAACAGAAUAAUGCGCAGACAAUUGUGGAUAGUGUUGAACGCGAUAAAGAAAGAGCACACUAUCAAUGCACACAUAACAAGCUUCUAAGUACCUCACACGUUAGACGAAUCAAAAAUGAGGCACAAAUGGCUUAUGAGAAGCAGGCCCAAUAUCAAGAAGAUAUUCAACUUAGAACUAAACAUUUAAUUGAACAAUUUAGAAAAAGUAUUAGCAGGUAUUGA